AUGGAGUUCUCGAAUCCCUUUGCCGAUACGGUUCCGCGCCGCAACUUCACGGCGCCUAUCGGCUCUCAUAUCCAAAGACCAUCUACGUCUGCAGGAGAGACAAGCAACGCCUUGGUUGAUACCCUCUACGACCACCCUUCCGUCAAGAUCACAUCCUUUACCGCUGGAAGCCGACCCCUGACCCUCGGUCCCACUCCUCCCGAUACUCCUACCGGCGUCGAGCCGGGCUCUCUACCGUGGUCUUCCCACCUGGAAAGAACUAUUGCUGUCGGACAUUUCAGAAUCUACCGUGCCCCUGGCUCAAUUACCUUCCUCAACUGUGGUUCCGCCCUCCAACCGAUAUUCCCAAAAAGCCAGGCUUGGUGUGUUGACGAGGAUUCAAGCAAGUUCAUCCUACAAAUUCGGAGGCCUCAGUACUGGCGCAUCGAGGUGCCUGUCGAAGACCCGGAGGAUAUACAACGCGCGCAACUUUUACGUGAGGUUUUUGACCAAAUCCUACAAUUCGAAAAGACCGAAUGCCCUUUCCAGCGAUCCUUCACCGUCGAGCUACCCGAACGCCCACAGACGCCGGUUAUUAAGAGGCCAUGGACUCCUGCUAGGAGAUCUAGUGAAUCCACCAUUCCAACUCCGGUCAGCGCGAUCACGAUACCCGCCCAGAUAGCCCGUGUACACCGGGGCCCGCCCAAAGAUGACACCAUCAGAGUGCGCAAGAGAAGGGCAACUGGCACCACGAGCCAGUCGGCCUUACCCGCCAGCGAUGAUUUGUUUAGGAUACAGGAGGAUAACGCCGUUCCAGUACCCGACAUCACACUCACAAGUCAGCCGGAGGAGGAACCACAGCAGCCAGAGGCUUCCUCGCGGAGCUUCACAAAGACUCCUCUUAUACCGAGCGGCCAGCAAACUAGUCAUUCUGUUGUCGCACCUCCUCAGCUAACAUUGGUAACUGUACCGCACUCUACCGAGCCAUCCAUACAUCAACUGGACGGCCAUGCGCCAGACAUGGCCGGAUCCCUGUCUUCGGUAACCUCCCGCGACUCUUUCCACAGUACAUCGAAUACCAGCCCAAUAGCAGUGGAUCGAAGCGCCAUCUCCAGCUCCACCUUUGACGGCAGAGCUCCCUCUUCUACCCAUGACAUCGACUCACCAUGUAGUCCUACAACCGCAGGACUAAUACUGGUCACUCCGUCGCCCAAUGCAUCACCGACUUCGCGGUCCCCAUCUCCCUCCCUCACCCGUCGUCGGUCGCUCAUCCGCGGCCGCGCAACAACAAGCAGCAGCAUAUCCCCCAGCAGGAGAGCGCUCUCCCCCCUACCACGCGCUGCCGAAUUAUUUGCCCCUCGUCAAAGGGCACCUUCUUUCUCCUCCAGCAAGCUCGAAGUAGUGCGCAAGCUACCCAUGACAGUUAUCAACAAGUCCUUCGAAAUCCUGAUGGCACCCCCCACGCAUUUGAUGAGUCUCAUGCUCACCGUUGCGGCGCGUAUUACUGCUGGCCAAAAGAGCGGCGCAGUCUUGGGAUCCGGAGAGGGAGGCGAGAGGAUACCUGUGCAGUGGGAUCUCUCGGACGAGACGGAGGACAGUCCAGGUUUUCACCAGCAACAGAAACCACCAGCAGCGGCAGCAGCGCCAUUCUCAUCGGGGAGAAGGUGGAGUGUCUCUCAUGUGGGCAAUGAUGACGACCACCUGCCUCCGCAUAUGCGAGGGCGGGAAAGGGGGAUGAGUCUGAAGAUGGCGGGAAGCUUUCCGGAGUCGGAUGAAGAAAGCGAGAAUGAUGACAACGGGAACACAUCAAGUUCUACACAUGACCUUCAUGAGCCCGCAGCUCGACGAAUCGGUGCUGCCAAGGCCGACGAUGACGGGUUAAGGCUUGAUGGGAUAACCGAGGACGAUCCCAAGUUCGACUGGAGUCAGAGCAUGGGGGUCGAUUAG